UCAACCACAACCGCAGCCACUGUAGACUACUGCUGGUGCGUGUUCAACUUCAGGUGUAACAAGCAAUUAGUGCCGCUACAUGAAUAUGGGCACUGCCACAGAAGUGAAGGAUAUACCCUUUGGUAUUGACAUGCGAAGACAGUGCUUCUGCAUAGAUGAAAAUCUGGUCCAUACUAAUAAUGGCUCCUAUGGAGCAACACCCCGAAAAGUCCUGCAACACAUGAGAAGACUUCAGGAAGACAGGGAAAUGCUUCAAGAUGUCUUCAUGGUAAAAAACCAGCGAGAAUAUUGGGACGAAAAUCUUAGAGCAGUCUGUGACUUUAUUGGAGCAAAAUUUGAAAAUACAGUGUUGAUUCCAAAUACCACAACAGGGAUCAAUGCUGUUUUCAAGUCUCUACCUCUACAACCUGGUGACAAGAUCCUUAUUACCAACCAGACAUAUAAUGCAACCAAGAACAUAUGCCUAGAAGCCAGCUCCAAAGUGGAAGGUUCAGGUGUAUGUCACAUAGACAUAACAUUCCCCAUCCAGUCAACAGAAGAAGUAGUGUCACUGUACAGAGACUACCUAGACCAACAUAACAAUGUGAAAGUUGCAGUCAUAGACCUGAUCAGUAGUGCCAGUGCUCUCCGAAUGCCCCUCAAUCAGCUGAUCCAGGUUUGCAAGGAGAGAGAUGUCAUUGUGGUGGUGGAUGCGGCACACUCAGUGGGGCAGGUCCCCCUUAAUGUUGAACAACUAGGAGAACUGGGAGCAGAUUUCUUCACAGCUUCCCUUCAUAAGUGGCUGUAUACUCCCAAAGGUUGUGGAGUCCUGUGGAUUCAUCCCAAACACCAUGGAAUUGUGCGACCAGCCAUAGUGUCCCAUGGAUAUAAACAAGGACUCCACAAUAACUUCUUCUUUCAAGGGACUCAUGAAUGCAUCCCCCUGUUCUGUAUUGGGAAAGCUAUAGAAUUUUACAAAGACAUAGGGGGCUUGUCCACUAUAGCAAAGUAUAACAGUGCUCUUGUGGCAGAGGGAGCAGCACAUCUGGUUAAAGUUUGGGGUACCAAACAUUUGGAGAUCCCCAAAGAAAUGGAAGCGCCUUAUAUGAGACUAAUAAAGCUCCCUCCAUUAAACAACUAUCCACCAAGUGAAAUACUUCAACUUGUGGCAGAUAUUUACUUCAAGUACAAUGUGAUAGGUUGUGUGGUGCAGCCAGACAACGGAGACCUCUGGGUCAGAAUCUCCGGACAGAUCUGGAACACCAUGGAGGAUUACAAAAAACUUGGAGAAGCGUUGUUGAAACUUCAAGCAGAAGAAAAACAAGCUGGUGAACCACAGUAGAUGUGUCACAGAGGGCAUACUUUGACAAGGAUUGUUUGAAGAUGAAACUAAUUUGUUAAUUCCCAAAGGAAAAUGUUCUUAAGAGAAAUGAAAGCAUUCAUUUUCAUAUACUUGAUAUAACUGUGAUAUUAUUUGGGAAACCACAAGCGUGGAUUUGUUAAUCUACAAGUCGGUCUUAGACUGAAGUAUCUAAUAGGUACAGACCCGUCUUCCUUGAAGUCAUAAACACAUUCCACUCUUCAUAUAGUAUUAUAUUCACUGUAUUAUGUUGGAAAUUUAGGUUAAAUCAUUGCAGAGAUUUUACAUACAUAAAUUUUCUAUGAUUCAAGAAGAGCCCCGAUAUAUCUACUACAAUAUGAAGUACGAAUACAAAGUAAACAGGCAAAGAAUAGACAUGCACCUGUUAUUAGGUAUUUAUCCUUAGAUUCAUUUACUUACAUAACAUAUAUUAUAUUUAAAGUCUUAUAGGGUUAAACUUUAGUCACUGACCACAGUCAAGUGCCUGUUCACUUAGUUAAAUGUUUUACAUUCAUUGACAUUGAAGAAAUGUACUGAAAGAUUUUAAUAUUCAGUUGAUCUCUGCUAUUUUAAGCAGAAGGCAAAUUUUAAGAAGCACUUUUGUGAUUAAAACCCAGUGAUUUUAUCAGAUGUAUUUUUUUUCUUAAUAUUAAUUUGCCCAUUGUGCAAUACUUGUAUUCAGUGGAGGGCUAGGGUUGGUGAAAAAAUAAAUCCUAAGCCCUUGUUUUCUAUUUGAGUUUGCUCAAUAAAUUUAAUCAGUUAAAUAUUCAGAAAUAUUGAGAACAUCAAGCUUUUCAAUAUUUCUCCCUUUUAGUCCUUAUAAUUUCUUGUUGCUUACUUGCUUCUGUGAUUUCACGAUUUCAAACAAGACUGACCAAUACCACUUUUAAAAUUGCAUGGUAAAUUUCGCUAUCGAGCAUAUCCCAGUAAGCGCCAAAUAACAGGACUGAAACUGUGAUGCAACAUUUUUUAGAUUUUUCAAAAUUGAUAUAGAAAACUUGUCUUUCCAUUAUUUUGGCAACAUUCACGUCAAAUGUGCAUUGGCAUUUAUGAUAAAAUUUCAGACAGGUCCAGCAUCUGACCUAAAAGAAAAUGGUCAUCAAUCCCCAAACCUGUACCCUCUGGGCCAAAAUGUUAAAAUUCCUCA